AGAUGCCCAACGAUUUGUUGGACGGCUACGAGAAGACAUCCGUAGUAUUGGUGCAACUCUUCCAAACUAUUCAAGCUCUUAAAUACAACAAUGUUGAGGUUUUCUCAAGCUUAUGUGUACUAAAACUGAAGCAAAUUGCUUGUUCACCAGUGUACUGCUCAGAAGAUGAGAAACAAAUAUUAAUAGAAAAUGACCAAGAAGAUUGCAACGAUUCUGUGAGGAAAUGGUAAGAACAAUUGGUACUGCCGUAUUGUUAUAGAUAUAGCUAGUGCUUUAAACUAAACGUGAUUGUUUGAUUCGCAGUCACGUGGAUUCAGAUAUAUGCAACGUAUCCCGCCGGGCAACAAGUGAAAAAUUGGUGCAAACUCCGAACGGCUAUACGUACAUAAAUCCCAAAAUGUAGUAAAUAGUUUAGAAAGAACAAUUUUCCAGUUUACAAAAAGACUAAAGUAGCUAUCUAACAGAGGAGAGGCAGGUUCAAGAUAAUUUACAUUAAAGAGUUUUAUUCAUGAAACACAAUUGUUUUGUAAACGUUCGUCACUUUAUCUCUGUCGCUAUAUAUACAGCUACAGUAAUUAAAAAAAGGUGGUUCUUUGCAAACCUUAAACUCGAAAUUUUAAAUUAAACGUUAAACUCUGAGCGCGCAAAGCAUAAUGGGAGCACAAAUUUCAAGUUUAGUGGUUGAAUAUUGCAGCUGUUUGUGAGCGAAAUGUUUUCGCAUCGCACGGCUAUGAUCGCAGGGAGAUAUUUACCGUGUCUCUAAGAAAUGGGCUCCAUAUAUACUUUCUGAAGUAGAGUUUAAGGUUUUAGAGUUUAAGGUUUGCAAAGGACAACCUUUAUUAGCCUUUUCCCAAGAGAUCACAAUGCAUUCUGUGAUCGUUUUGAGGGACAAAAUAUAUGGUGACAGGCGUCAAAUAUGUGAAAGAGUAGAAGUAUCUACUAUCAAAUAUGAACUUUUUAGACGACCAAAAAUGAAAUAUGGAAUAUUUUUACCUUAAACUUUUAAUUUAAAUAUGUGCUGCCAUAUUUCAGUUUUCCCUCCAACAUGGGAUUUGCGCGACUAGACCCAGGACUUUGGGAAAUAGCUAAUUGAAUUAGCUGUACAACAAAACAUUUAAUGUCUGUUUUCUCGGGAAAUAGAUUAUUUGGUUUCCUCCAGAACAUCUCAAUUUUACCCUCAACGUCGAAACGACCUUUUAACAUAACCAAGCCUCAAGUUAAAUUUUCUGGUUAUUUUAUCUAUAACAUCCUACCAUAAUCUGGUUAAAGUAUAACCAGAAAGCUGGUUAUAUUUGACCAGAACGUCCUUGUUGAAAUAACCAGACCAUGUUAGAGCCCUUGUCAUUUAUCAAUUUAGCAUAUUCAGCUUACUAGUUAAUCAGGAAAAUUAUCCAUACUAUACAUAGUAUAGAAAAGGUUAAAAUAAGCAGGAAUGUUAAAUUAACCAAGAUAAGGUUAAUUCUAGGUUAACCAGGAAAAUGUUAACCAGAGUGUUUUUAGAUCAAGUUUAAACAAAUAUUGUUAGCCUGCGGGCAGUCCCAUGACGUCACCAACAACAACCAAACCACAGAAUAGGAAGUUAUACCAGAAGCGUAACUCGAGCAAAUAUUUGUCCGCGUUUUUACAAGCGAUUCGUCAUCAAUCACGCCAUCCUGGCUAGUACAACCGGCACUUUGUACCUACCAAAUCCUGAUAAAAACUUCCGGCUGUACUAGCCAGGAUGGCGUGGCCUGACGUGAGCGAGUUAAAAUUUUCAUGGACGUCAAACAAUAAGGGAAACGACUAGAGUUACGCUUCUGGUAUAACUUCCUAUUCUGUGACCAAACGAUGAAUCCAUGCAUAUGUUUUUUCAAUACAUUUAUUAAUUCUUAGUUUUAUCUUAUAGCUUCGACGAACCCACAUCACAGUUACAAAUUACCUCUGAGGUCAAAAUUAUCUUCGACUCCCUUAAAGAUCUCUUGAAAUCAAAUUGCAAGACGUACCCGCAAGGUUCCACUGCCCGAACACAACAGGCGCCACCCACAAUCAGCCCGAUUUCUUUGGCAAAUUGUCAGACUGUAAACUUCUAUCUGCUAAUCAUUGCUUACAUGUUGGUAUUACUUAUCGCUUAAUUAAUCAAAAUAUAACCUUUCAACUUAUGGCCCAUUUUCAUGAGCCCAACAACAAUUCAAUUAUAAUGUUGCACACAAUAAUUAUGAAUUUUAAUCAACAGAGUAAAAUUAUAUUCAUUUUUAGAUUAUUUACAUUAUCUAAUUUCACGAUCAGUAAUUUUUAAUACAAAGAAGUCAAUGCAGACAAUUGUAGUUUAUCUCUCUAAAUUAAAAAUAAUGCCAUUUGGGCGUGGCUAUGAAAGUUGAGUUUGGUAUUAUUAUAUUGGCAUAUAUAUGAUCAUGUAAUAUUUCAAUAUCACAGACAUCAAUGAAAAAUCAUGCGAAUCAAAAUGGAAAUCAAUGUUCGGAUCAAAUUAUUAUUAUAAUAACUUUUUUUGGCGUACAGGAUUACUUUACGGUCAAAUUUUAAAAAAAUACUUGGCACUCUUCUCAAAUUUAACCAUUAUUAUAUGCUCCUUUACAUAGCAAUGUGUCUGCGUAUUAAAACAUUGCUUCACAGGCAAGUGGGUUAACUCCCGCUUCCUGCCUCGGGCGAAAAUAAACAUGCAUUAUUUUUUUAUGCAUUAAAACUUUAUAUAAAUGACUCGUAUAGAUUGAACUUCUAUCUCACUACACAUCAGUCGUGAUUGUAAUGCUUUAUGCAAGCAAACAGAAACACAAUAUUUUAGUUGAAGACUUCAAUUUCUGUCGUUAAGAAACCGUUUUGACCAGCAAGAAGGUUCUUUGCUUGUUUACUGCCAUGAGCAUAACCCCGGGGGAGCUGAUACGUGUCUCCAAAAUUACUUUGCGACUGAUUAACUUGAGGAUUGGCACGAAUAAUCAGAUCAUGACCUUUACCAAAGAUCGAUCCAUAACUAGGGUGGCAGGCGAUUGCUUUGUGUUCCUGACCUUGCUUGACGUUGGCAAUAAAUGGAGCAAGGUUGUCUUUGUUGCGCAGGGAGAAUAAAAAUGACGCGUUGGAAUAUUUCCAAGCACCAC